UCGUUCGCGUGGUGGCAGAAGCAACCAAACCUCAGCUUUGAAAUCGAAAAUUUAAACUAAUCAACGCAAGUCGCUGAAGUCGAAAAGAUGUUUUAAGUUGUGUUCUUAAAUUCUACGUCGUCUCAUUCUGUUCUAUCGCCGCGCGUGUUAGUGCUUCGAGAAGUGCCUCUACCUCUAGCUAAUCCAAAUAAUCCUAAUCCGCCAAGGAAAGGCCCAGCAAUGUUUAAGCUGAUUACAUCACGAACCACUCCACGGCUCGUGCGGAGUCUGGUUUCGGCCAAAACCAGUUUGCUGCCUGAAGAUGCUACCUCCAAGAUCAUCCAGCAGCAGCAGUCCCGCCUCAUCCAGAGCUUCUCCCGGAAUUUGUCCACGUCCCAGCCAAUGCUGCAGAACGAAGAAAUCGAAGUGACGUUCGUACGCGCCAACGGUGAACGGAUAAAGACGAAGGGCAAGCUGGGCGACUCGCUGCUCGACGUGGUCGUCAACAACCAGCUCGAUCUGGACGGGUUCGGGGCGUGCGAGGGAACGCUGACCUGCUCGACGUGCCACCUGAUCUUCUCGAAGGCGGACUUUGAAGCGCUGCCGGAGAAGCCCGGCGACGAGGAGCUGGACAUGCUGGACCUGGCCUACGAGCUGACGGACACUUCGCGGCUGGGCUGCCAGAUCGUGCUGACGAAGGAGCUGAACGGGCUGGAGGUGCGAGUGCCGGCGACGAUCAACGACGCGCGAAGCUAAUGCGGUGCGCGCGUGUUUGAGGCGUGAUUUCCGUUGCACAUAUCGUUACACAGUUUAGUUUAAAAAACACGCUCGGUUAUCCUCAAUGUUGUCCAAGAUAUCUGGUAGCUUCUUCUUCUACCUUUUUUUUUUUUAUAUAUAUAAUUCUUCAGUUGUACGUACCAUACAAUGGAUGCUAUUUUCGAAACGAACACAAAUUAGAGCAAAAACUAAAGUUUCGUGUUAUCUUUUGCCGUGAAGACAAACAGUAACUUUAUGGUAGAAUAAUUAUGGGUGGUAUUCGUCAAAGUUCAACUUGAAACUCGGUAUUUUCAAUUGUUUGUUGAACAAAUAUGUUUUUAUACUGAAUAAAGAUUAUACAAUUUAA